UUCGCUCUGUCAGUGACUUUUCCUCCCAAGUGUAGCCAGCAACAAGGUAGUGAGUGUACAUCACACCCGGGCUGACGCGUGAUUACCAAGGGGAAAAAUUAAAAGGGGCGAUAAACGCACGAAACAUUCAAGGCAAUGCCCCUUUUGUUGUCAGCGAGCGUUUUAUAAGUGUUUGAAUAGUUUGAAUCUACCUACAUUUUUGGAGGAUGAUACUACAAUGAAGAACGUUAGCCAAAUUUGGCGUUUUAGCUAGCUAAGUGUCAUAUAUGGCUAGCUAGCCCGCCUAACUAUAUAUUUUAGCCAGCUAUCUAACGUUAGCCAUACUUGUUAGCUAGGUGGUCACGGCUAGCAAAUACAACACAAGCUAGCUACAGUACAGUAGCUUGCUAUCCUAGCUAGAUAAAGCGAGUACUUUUUUUGUUUUUAAUUUUCGUCGUGUUUUGCCGUUUGACAGCUAGUUAUAAAUUUAGUUAACAAGCAGAUGGACAGUUUCACAGAGGCUCUGUCACUACUCGGACGUUUUAUGGUCUUGGUUCUGGGGCGGCUAGGCGUAGCAUGAGACUACAGAUGUGGCAGCCAAGUUUGUCCCGUUGUCUCCGGGUCUUGGGUUGGUAAGCACACGGCAAUUUAAAUGCGUUGGAAGAGUCGUUGCUAGAGAACGACAUUUAGUUAGAAAUAUAUUGGUCAUUUUUGGACUGAAACGCUAACUAUCCUGUUGACUGUGAAGAGCUAGCUAGCGAUUGUCGCUGGCUAGGUGCUAUCGAGUUUAACUGGGCCAUAUUAGCUAGUUGUAUCUGCCUUGACUAGAGACUUACAAGCUGUCAAAUAUUUGGUGUAACUGCCCAAUGCUAGCUCGCGCAAAGGCGUCCUCAAGAGGCCAAACUUCGUAGCUAGCUGGUUACAUUUGUUGCAUCCACACCACUCAUUUAUUUUUUACCUUUGGACUGUCCAUUCGGAUUUACAAAGGGGGUUGGGACAAUUAUUUGCUAUUAAGUGUGAGGUGUGGGCGCCGCAUUCAAGUCUGGCGUUUAAAUACUGCGGUGAUGACUUUAGAAUCCAUGAUGGGUUGUUGCCUGAGCGAGGAGGCGAAGGAGUCCAAACGAAUCAACGCCGAGAUCGAUAAGCAGCUCCGUCGAGACAAGCGAGACGCGAGGAGGGAACUUAAACUUCUUUUGUUGGGCACUGGCGAAAGCGGCAAGAGCACCUUCAUCAAACAGAUGCGCAUCAUCCAUGGGACGGGCUACACCGACGAGGACAAAAGAGGCUUCACCAAACUGGUCUAUCAGAACAUCUUCACCUCCAUGCAGUCCAUGAUCCGGGCCUCUGAGACCCUCAAGAUCCAGUACAAGUAUGAACAGAACAAGUCCAACGCGCUGCUGGUGCGCGAGGUGGACGUGGAGAAGGUGUGUUCUUUUGAACAACCCUACAUCAGUGCAAUAAAGAUGCUGUGGACAGACCCUGGUAUCCAGGAGGCCUAUGACCGUAGACGUGAAUAUCAGCUCUCGGACUCCACCAAAUAUUACCUUACAGAUUUAGAGCGAAUAGUGACCGCGGGUUACGUUCCCACUCAGCAGGAUGUGCUGCGGGUUCGAGUGCCCACUACUGGCAUCAUUGAGUACCCUUUUGACCUGGAGAAUGUAAUCUUCAGCUAUCUAAGCGAUCUGGAUCGUAUUGCCGAACCAAACUAUCUACCAACCCAACAAGAUGUGCUUAGGGUUCGCAUUCCCACCACAGGGAUCAUUGAAUACCCUUUCGACUUGCAAAGCAUCAUUUUCAGGAUGGUGGAUGUAGGGGGUCAGAGGUCAGAGAGGAGGAAGUGGAUCCACUGCUUUGAGAACGUCACGUCCAUCAUGUUCCUGGUGGCCCUCAGCGAGUAUGACCAGGUCUUGGUGGAGUCUGACAAUGAGAAUCGGAUGGAGGAGAGUAAGGCUUUGUUCCGGACCAUCAUCACAUAUCCCUGGUUCCAGAACUCCUCAGUCAUCCUGUUCCUCAACAAGAAGGACCUCUUAGAGGAGAAGAUAAUCUACUCCCACCUGGUCGACUACUUCCCUGAGUUUGAUGGUCCACAGAGAGACGCCCAGGCGGGCCGGGAGUUUAUCCUGAAGAUGUUUGUGGACUUGAACCCGGACAGCGACAAGAUCAUCUACUCCCACUUCACCUGCGCCACGGACACCGAGAACAUCCGCUUUGUGUUCGCGGCUGUCAAAGACACCAUCCUGCAGCUCAACCUCAAAGAGUACAACUUGGUUUGAGAGAGAAGUUGAGCGAGAGAGAGACCUGCAGCCCACGCACAGCAGAGUGCACAUCUAUACACCAACAAAUUAAACAGUACACAGUUCUGCACUAAAAUACGCAUGUGAACACAUGCACCAAUAUAAAUACACACACACUCUUAAUAGAUCCCAGGCUCUAUCCACCCAUGGCCCCAACAUCCUCCUGCUCCUUGUCUAUGGUUUAAUUGGGUGUGUUUUUUCAGUUCCAGUCACCCCCCCAUUCCUCUCUUCCUAUUGCAGCCCAUGCCCCUCCUGAUGACACACACACACACACAUCUGCUCCAAGGCUGUCAUGACCUGCCUGGGUGGUUGACAGGUCUCAUUUGUCAUCUGAUGUGGCUCAGGCCUCUGGGUCACCCCUCUUAAAGGAGCGGGGGGGUAGAGGUCUGUUUUGAUUUGGUGGCUUGUGUGCUGGUGUGAUUUAAAGGAAGGAAAGCUGAGGUUUUGGAGAACAGGAAAAAGCUUGGUGUCAUCGUCCCCCCUUCACCUCUGCCUACAGGGUAGGAGUGGGGCUGGGGACCCACCAGUCUGUAGGGGGGUUGUGGAUAACUGCAUAGAAUUGAAUCAGAGCAGGGGCAGGUGGUGCUGAGGUGUGUUGGGAAGCUCUACUCUACAUGGUAUUUUGAGGUGUGUGGAAAAACACACACCUCCCCCAGACUGGAAGACACCUUGCACUGUUGAAUGUAAAAAGUGUGUGUAAUACAAGCAAGAGGAUGCUCACACACAGACAGAGCAAGGGUGGGAGAGAUUAAGUAAAUUGAUCUGUGUAUAUUAAGAAUGGUUUUAGUUUAUUGAUUACUACAAUUGCUACUACUGCUUUCCAGCUAACUUAAGUCACAAGUUGGUCCUCCACACACAAUGUCAGUGCAGCUUCUUUUUGAAAAGGCAUUGGAUAUUUGUUUCCUAUUUGGCCAAUAUUUUGAGAAACAGUAGUGAUUAUUAAGAGUAAAUAAAAUAAAAAAUAUUUGUUUAAUUUAUGGACCAGAUCUCUAGAUGUUGUUGGUCUGACUUUUCCUCCCUGCUUCCAUCCAGGUGUCUCCAUCAGAUGGGGAGGGGGAGGGUUCAUACUGCUGUAAAAACAUGUUUCGUCUGCAAGUCAUCUACCUUUCGUUAGAGACUUCAUACUUUGUUGCAGUUCUGUUCCGUUUCAAUUUUGAAAUGCUUGAGAAGAUGAAUUUCUAUUUAGGGUUGGCGCUUUAUGCAAAUAGUAAAAUAAAAGACACUGAUCAGUGGUUGAAGUUUUAACUGGUCCAUGCUUGCAUUUUUUUUAAAUCUAAGAUUUUUGUUUGGUUUUCUUUUUUAUCCCAUAUCUUAUCUCUUGCUUGGUUAGAGUUCUUAAGAUUCCAUAGCUAACAAUGUCAAUAGAUUUGCUAUUUUGUUUUCGCAACAUAAUUCAGGUGAGUUUUCAUUACUAGGUCUACUACUAGCAAAGUUGACAGAAUGAAAAGACUAUAUGGAUGAUAUAGUGCCAGGGAGCCAGAUGGAAGGUUAUUGCCACAGGUUCAGAGUGCGAACUGUCCAGGGACACCAGUUAGCAUUGAAGGAUGACUUCUGCUGGAUAUUUGCCUGUAAACUUUUAACAGCCUGUUUGGGCCCAGAGCAGAGCCUAGUAAAACCACAAGGUGAUGGGGGUCUCACAGUUGCCUGUCUCAGCCAGUCUUCAGUGUGCUCUUCCUUUUCCACCUGCCACUCUUGUCACGAAUCAUGUCUUCUUCAGCGUGACUUUACUCCAUUGUUGUGGGUAGAUUUGCAUCCCCUGCUAAUCAUGUUUCUAUGCUUCACCUUUUGUACACUAAGAAUGACCAUGACUGGGAUUGGACAGGGGUAUUUUGUAGAAAGACGUUUGAUUGCCACAGUGCUAUUUGCACUCCAAAGAGCUUUGGGUUAGAAUGGUCAGGUGAAACUUAACAGAAAAACUUUAGUUUUGACAGACAUGACAAACUUGUUGUUCAUAUCUUGUAUGUUUGGUGCCAAGUAUUUCUCAUUAUACAUGGCAAGUAAUUACCCUGCUAAGUUAUCUGUGCUCUGUUUAAGCUCUAGCUGUGCAUUUCCAAGUAUAUUGAACCUAGGGAUGUUUUGGGUAUAUCCUGAGUAUACUCUUCAGUCCCCUUUACUAAUAUGUCCACUGUAUACUAGUCUGGCUGAAAGAUCCAACUUUUACCUUCCCUAUACGUUGCCUCAUAACAUAAACACCAGGGUUGGUGUAACUAUUGGACAUUUCUAUAAAAAAUAUAUAUAUUUUGGAAAAGUUGUCACAUUUCUUUUUAAAACAGCACAUUUAUAUAUUUACAACAUUUAUACACAUAAAAACAGCAUUUGAAUAUUACAUUUCAAUUUGUUAAAAAGUACAUGUUGAACAAUAGAAACCAUGAAUAAAAGUACUUUUCCUUGUAAAAACAUAAAAUUCUGUAAAUGAUUUAACAAUGUAACCAUUUUUAAGACAUGAAAACAUGUUAAGUCACUUUGUUAAAAGGCAGUUUUCGGUCCUUUGGACAGGAACGUUGUGAGUCCUUAUCAAACUCGCCUCCUCCUAAAAAUGUUGCUUUUACUGGAGGUAGAAAGUAUUACGUUACAAAAGUUUUAAACAUGUUGGACAUUUUGUAAUGCCUUGUCAUUUGGCCAAGCCACGGGUGGAUGCAUUUGAAGGCCUUUCUUUGUUAAUUAAUUUUCCCACAGCCAAUACUUUAUAUACCACAUUAUUUGUGAAGUGUCCGUACAAAGCAGAAAUAUGAAUGCUUCCUGUGCAACUGCAGAUGAGGCUUUUGACUUAGACAUUUAAAAAUUUGACUUUAGUUCGUGAUUGCAUUUGCCAUGAUCUUGUUGAGAUUGUGGGCAAGUUGUCAGUUCUCCCAGGAGUACGAAGGUCUCUUGUCAGAGCAUGCUGGACUGAGAUGUUGCCUCUGGUGCUUUAGAUCUCCACCAACACGGCAGCUUGUUUUUUAAUUGUUUUAGUGGUUACAGCUUCUCUGCUGCUCUUACCUCAAGAAGCACAGUCAUCCCCUUUUUGACCUGUGGUUUACUUGCAUAGGUAGAGUAGGGUUUAGUUCUUCUCAUGCUGGGCUCUUUUCAUGCGUGUAACCCCCCAGUAAGUGAUUGUGCUUUUCUUUUGUUUCAUUAUACUCUAUUUCCUGUAAGCAUCUGCAUCAGCUUGUGGUCCAGUGGGUUUGAGGUGUAUGAUGUGCUGUGUGGUUGCUCAGCCCCCCCCACAAAAAAGGUCCAGUGCAGGCCUCCCUCCCUCCCUGCUGUUUCUAAACAUGGGCAUAGAGUCAGUGUGUCGGUUUACACAAAGUACCCUGGUUUUCACCACAUGGACUAUGGACAGUGUGUUGUAUGUAGCUCAGUGUUAUGUCUACCCUGUAUAGCACACUAAUUGAAUGUCACAAUAACUAGUAAGAGAACACGUAAGAGAAGUACCGUCAGCAUUAAAACCAGCACUGUGGGGUUUGUUGAAGGGAUACACUACUAGAAGCAAGUUCGUGCCAUAGACUGAAUAGCAUUAUAUACAAACAGUUGCGACCACUCUUCCAGACAGUUUCCCUUGAAAUAAGCCUGUUAUACUUCAGCUUUAUUUAUUGUAAUACUUUGCCAAGUGAAGGUACCGAAAGGGCAAUAUACUAUAGCAGUUGGAUUAAUCGGUGAAUUAAUUAAUAUAGUGUUGUUUUAGAAUGUCAGCUGUUCUCUCCCCUUACUUGAUCUAUUAUAUUUUAUUUCUUCCGGGUCAAUGCACUGAACCUGCUCUGCAGCAAUGGGACUGCCUGCAUUCAUGCAACUUACAAGCACGUUUGUCGGUACUAUGAGAUGUGUGUACACUUUUGAUGGUUAAUGCUUUUGCUUGAGAUCGAUACUGAUGUGAUUGAUGCAUAGAAAUACUAAAAGCUAUCUUUGCAUCUUUUUGUUUCUUUUGUAAGUCAGAUGUUACCUGAACACUUGUAUUUAGGACCACUUAAUAUGAUAGAUUUUUUAAAUAAGAGGUUAAAUAAACUUUGUCUAGUGGUGUGUAAAUUGAAAGUAAUGUAUUUUAUUUUCUAAGUAUAACAAAUGUAAAUUAUGUACAAUGAGUGUGCCAAUCCCCAUUCUUUGUAGAGCCAGACUCUAAACAAGUGCCAAUGUGAAAAAUCAUAAAAAGGACCUAUGUAUUUCAUGGUCAAAUUUUUAAAACAAACACUAAGUACGUGAUUAAGAUAAGAAAAUGGACAACUUUACUCUGUAUUUUGGAUUAAUGAUGAACUUUGGCUUUUAAAUGUCAUUUUAAUUGCAUGUGUUGGGGGUGGAAGGGGAGGAAAUGGUAUUAAUGCAAAGCCCUUCAGAAAAGGGUCCUAAUGGUUAUUGAUUUACAGUAUUUUAGCCAUAUUUCUCUUUUGUAUGUUUCAUUUCAACCACUGUUGCCUGAACCUCAUUCAAACAUGAAAAUGAUUUUCAUAGCCUUCUCCUUCAAAGAAAAAUUCUCUGUUUUCAAUUGGAAUAAAAUGUGUUCCUAUACUCUA